GUUUAUUCAUGUGUGCCUUGCACGGGCUCUUUCUUUCUACUGAAUGCUGUCUUUUCUCCUCAGAAACUGGAAGGCAGGUGUUUUCAUUGUUGCAGCGAAGCGAACUCCCUUUGGUGCCUAUGGAGGUUUGCUGAAGGACUUCACAGCCAUAGACCUGGCAGAACACGCUGCCCGGGCGGCACUAGCAGCCGGCAAGGUCCCUCCUGAGAUCGUUGACAGUGUCAUUGUUGGCAAUGUCAUGCAGACCUCCUCAGAUGCUAUUUAUAUUGCAAGACAUGUUGGUUUACGUGUGGGAAUUCCUAUCCCGGUUCCAGCCCUCACUGUCAACAGACUUUGUGGCUCUGGUUUCCAGUCCAUUGCCAAUGGAUGUCAGGAAAUCUGCCUUAAUGACUCAGAAGUGGUUCUCUGUGGUGGAGCUGAAAAUAUGAGCCAGGCUCCUUACGCUGUUCGAAACAUUCGGUUUGGAGUCAAAUUAGGAACAGAUAUCAAGAUGGAAGACACGAUGUGGUCAAGUCUGACUGACAUGCACGUUAAAAUACCUAUGGCAGUUACAGCUGAAAACCUGGCAGUAAAAUACAACAUCACACGGGAGGACUGUGACCGAUACGCAAUGAAAACACAACAGAGAUGCAAAGCUGCUUCCGAUGCUGGUUACUUCAAUGAGGAGAUGGCACCAGUUGAAGUGAAAACAAAAAAAGGGAAAGAAAGCCUGCAAAAGGAUGAGCACCCGCGACCCGAGACCACGCUGGAACAAUUGGCAAAACUUCCACCUGUCUUUAAGAAGGAUGGAACAGUCACUGCUGGGAAUGCCUCAGGUGUGUGUGAUGGCGGUGGAGCAAUCAUCAUCGCCAGUGAAGCAGCACUUAAAAAGCACAGCCUCACUCCCUUGGCAAGGAUAGUAGCUUAUCACGCAUCGGGCUGCGACCCUAACAUAAUGGGCAUUGGCCCUGUACCUGCGAUUACUGAAGUCCUGAAGAAGGCAGGACUGACCCUGAAGGACAUGGAUUUGGUGGAGGUGAAUGAGGCAUUUGCGCCCCAGUACCUGGCAGUUGAAAAAGUCUUGGGCCUUGACCCUGAAAAAACUAAUGUCAACGGAGGUGCCAUCGCAAUCGGUCAUCCUUUGGCUGCCUCAGGAUCACGGAUCACAGCUCAUCUGGUUCACGAAUUAAGGCGCCGUGGUGGGAAAUACGCAGUCGGGUCAGCUUGCAUUGGAGGUGGCCAAGGCAUUGCUGUCAUCAUUGAGAACACAGCCUGAGGGAUUCUGGAGACUUCACUGGUGCACAGAUUCAUAAUUCCCCCCCAAAAAAACAAUGCCUGUUGUGAAGAUAAAGGCUCACUACCUCCCCUUCGUUUGGUGCCAUUCCUGCAAGGUGGAGGAAUGGCCGAGAAGUCUGACUUCUGAAAAAGAAAAUUAUGUUUCUCUAAGCGAAUAAAGUGUAAAGCCAAUAUAAUAGCCAAUAACACCAAAUAAAGUGUAAAGACAUCUUACACUGAUGAAACAGUUUCUAAAAACCUCUUUUCAAUCAAUGUAAAUGCAUUUCUGUAGGCAAAAUUCUUUUAAUUUCCUGAGGAAAAUGCCUAUCAGUCUUUCACCAAACCUGCCUUAAAAUAGCAAUACAGCUUUUUAAGCAAGUGUUGGUUUAAAUUUUCUUCUCUCAGCUACUUGUGCUGCCUGAUACAUGUACUACUUUUGCCAUGCAGAAAGGUGAAAAUUUAAUUGUAGACCUUCUGAAGUAUACACUGAUUGUAGGUUCAUAAUCUACAAUUAAUUGUAGA